AUGGCAACUUUUAAUAUUGAUUUGGUGAACAACACCGGUUCCGAUACCGCAUAUGCCUACAUCACCGGCCAGGCCAUUGACAAUAACAAUGCGCUGUUCCUACUGCAGUCGGACGGCACCACAGCCUACUACCCGACCUCGCCGUCGGCGACCGGUAGCGCGCUCUCGGCGAACUGUGCCAUUCCCUUAGGCGCAAAUGGCAGCACCAAGACCGUCACGAUCCCCCAUCUGGCGGGCGCGCGACUGUGGUUUAUCCGCGACGCCGAGCUGACCUUCUACUUGAAUCCGGGUCCCGAACUGGUUGAGCCCUCGUCAUCCAACACGUCGGAUGUUAAUUACAACCUUUACUGGGACUUCUGUGAAUUCACCUGGAACGCGGAGCAGCUCUAUGUCAACAUCACCAUGGUGGACUUUGCGUGUCUGCCCAUUGCGCUGUCCCUCACCAACACCUCUGGCACAACCACAACCGCAAAGGGUCUGCCUGCUGACGGGCUUGCCACCAUCUGCUCCGCUCUGCAGGCGCAGAAUGCCAGUGACGGUGCCGGCUGGGACAAGCUGGUGGUAACCACUGGCGGCGCGAACCUGCGCGCCAACUCACCCAACACGGGGAUCUCCCUGGACAGCUCACUGUUCAGCACCUACUGGCAGCCCUAUGUCACUCAGGUGUGGUCCAAGUACGCCGGUGCUACCCUGUCGGUCGACACGCAGGCUUCCGCUGGUACUCUCACGGCGACGGUCUCCGGCGACACGCUGACCUUCUCGUCCGACUCCAUCACCUACGGACAGCCGGCGAGCGCCGACAUUUUCAGCAACAGCUCCGGCGUCUUCGCUGUCUCCGGCGAUUCCACCAAGGACGCCGUCACCGCGCGUCUUGCGGCGGCGUUUAAUCGGUCCACCCUGUUGAUCGACACUGCCCAACCCGAUAACGAGGUGAUUGCCGAUUACUAUAAAACCUCCAUCACGAACCACUACGCUCGCAUCAUCCACGCGACUGCUCUGGAUGGCAAGGGCUAUGCGUUCCCGUAUGAUGAUGUGGCCCCUUCAGACGCUACGAAUGUCUCCGGUGCUGUCUUCGACGGGAGCCCCAAGUCGUUGACAGUCACCGUUGGCGGACCGACCAGCGACUCUACCAAGAAGAGCACGAACCAGGGUGAUAGUGUCCCAGCUCAGAGCGGACAGAACGACCAGGGAAACCACGGUGCUCAGAAAAAGGACCGACUCGCUGGGGUGAAGAAGUUCAUGCGCAAGCUGUCGUGUAAGAACUGA